AUGAAUGUCAGAUGCAGUACACAUACAUUUUACUACACGGUAGUGGUAACUUUGAAUAUUGUCAUUCCUGCAAACUCUUGCAAACCGCGAAAAAAAUGUAAACAUAACAUUAUUAGCCUAAUUGCAGAGCUGUUGAUUGAGUUGAACCGCACUUCUUUCAUAUUUUGUUUUCUUCACAGAAGAAGGUCAAAUUCAGGACAGGGUAACUUCAUAAACGUUUUGCUGCAGAUUGUGAUCGAUGGUUCGAUCAAUUGGACUCGUCACGAGUGUUCCGUUUCCACUGACGCUGUGCUUCAAGUCAAUGUUGCAACGGGGCAUAGAGCCUCAUUUAAUACCGUCUGGGUUUCGUCAGACGCUGAUCAGACCCGAUCAAUGCAGGAUCAGAUGUCAGGCGCUGUAGUGGUCGUGCCACAAGUUCCAAAUAUCGAAUACCAGAAUGCGUUGGCUGAUAUCGAAGCAGAGCUGCUGGCUUUCAGUUCAUAAAUGUUGUUAACAUUGUAUUUUAGAUUGUUUAUAUUGUUAGUUAGUUAGUUAGUUAGGGGUUCUCAAAAUAUUUUGAGUAAGAGACCCCUUUUCCAGAAUGAAGUCGUACUUCAUGCCCCUAUAGACAAAUUUCUUCGAAAAUCCUAUCUUUAGUUUUUCCCUACUGAAUAACUAUCAAUUUAAAAACAUUGCAGUUAGUUAACCCCUUUCCGUAUUAUUUUAUAUGUUACACAUCAAGUGAUUUCACUACUCUGCUGAGCGUUCUAGCGCCCUAUGUUUUGCAAGUACACUAUGAGUGAGACUCGAUGUUGUACGGGAAAGGGUUAAAUGAGUA